AUGCCGGAGCUUCAGGAGGGCGAGAAUUCCGUUCCCCUUCUUCCUCCUCCUCCUGGUUCUCUUGCUGUCACGGAUACUAGUGGUUCAACGGCAUCAAUAUCAAACCAAUCACACCAAAACCAACAUUCCUCGCUAUCGGAUGGCAUUCAGGGAGAAAGUUCUACCGCCGCUACUUCUGGUUCCAAGGACUCCUCGGAUGCUGCUGCUAACACUCUAAGAUCGCUUCCUCCUGACCCUUAUUCUUCCUCUUCUUCUACUUCACCCGCCCCUGCUUCGUCUUCCAGGUCCGAAAUGCCCACCCGACCACAGCCAGAUAUAAACACCAGACGGCGAUCUCGUGGUCAAAGUAUUUCUACUUCCUUCUCUCCCGUCGGAACCAACAACAAUCCAUCUCCAACUGGCACUCCGACCGAUAAAGUAAGCCCUACAACUCGGGCCCGUAGUGUCUCCCAAUCCAUCCAACAACAACAACAAUCCACUUCCGAUCAACCCGGAACCAAGGAGGAGGAACUCCCAAAACCCAAGGAUUCCCUUGAGCUUUCUACAUUGUCGUCUGGCGACUCGGACGAGGAAUCCGGGCUUACCGAAUCCGCUCGUGACCGACGCCGGAAGAAGAAACAGCGAAGAAGGGGAUUAGGAGGCCUAAGCUCCGACGGUAACAGGAUGCGUGACGUCCACGCUUCUUCGUCACCGACGAAUAUCAACAAUCAUCACCAUUACCAUGCUACAGACGAUGAAAUCGCCCAUGGAACAAUCAUCAAUGGUAUAGCGGUUACAGACGCUGAAAAGCGAGCAGCAGACAAGAAUGUCAUGAAGAAUCUUGCCAUAAACGGUCUAUUGAUCGGAUCAUGGUAUAUAUUCUCGCUGUGUAUUUCAGUCUACAACAAGUGGAUGUUCUCGGAAAAGCAUCUAAAUUUCCGGUUCCCGCUGUUUGUUACAUCGUUUCAUAUGCUUGUACAGUUUUCGCUGUCAUCGCUGGUGAUGUGGUACUUCGUACAGUUUAGACCGGGAUAUGUGGACCCGAAGGAGAAGAAGAAGAUAGAGCGAAUACGAUCAUCUUCGUCGUCGUCGAACACAUCACCAACCCGUGGGACAGGUGCCGAGGAAUCACGACCCCUCAAUGCAGGAGAUGAUAGUGACUCGGAUGAAGAUGUGGAGGAUACCCGAGUUUUAGCGAAUGAAACACAAGAACCUGGACCGAAGAAACCGAUCAUGACGAAAAUCUUCUAUGCUACGAGGAUUGCACCGUGCGGUAUGGCUACGGGAUUGGAUAUUGGACUUGGCAAUAUGUCAUUAAAAUACAUCUCGUUAGCGUUUUACACUAUGUGUAAAUCUUCAUCCUUGGCUUUCGUUUUGAUAUUUGCGUUUAUCUUCCGAUUGGAGAAACCGACUGUCAAGCUGAUCUCGGUGAUUUCGGUCAUGACUAUCGGAGUUAUUAUGAUGGUGGCAGAUGAGGCGGCAUUUGUGCUGAUAGGGUUUAUACUCGUUAUGCUGGCGAGUGUUUUAUCUGGAUUGAGGUGGAGUUUGACACAAUUACUGCUGUUGAGGAACCCGGCGACGAGUAAUCCCUUCAGCAGUAUUUUCUUCUUGGCACCAGUGAUGUUUUUGAGUUUGUUAGUUAUUGCUGUGCCUGUGGAAGGGCUUGGGAAGUUUUGGGGAAGAUGGAUGGAAUUGAUUGGAGAAUGGGGGAUUUUCUCGGGAAUUGGCAUGUUGAUCGCGCCUGGAAUUGUGGCGUUUUGUAUGACGGCCAGCGAGUUUGCUCUACUAAGACGGACAUCAGUCGUUACAUUAUCGAUCUGUGGAAUCUUCAAAGAAGUAGUAACUAUCACAGCAUCGGCCACGAUCUUCCACGACGUUUUAACACCGGUCAAUAUUACGGGUCUCCUCGUGACAAUAUUGAGUAUUGGCGGAUACAAUUAUAUUAAGAUCAAGAAGAUGAGAGGAGAGGCUGUCAGAGGGGUUUUGGCAACCGAAGCGGAUGAUGCAGAGGGUAGGAGGAGUUUGCUAUUCGAAAGACGAAGUUUGGCGCUGAAUAGGAGUAGUUUGGAGAGUGGGAGGCCUUGA